AUGGGCGGCGCGUUGGCCAAGCCAAAGGAGCGAGACGCAAAGGGGAAGGUUGUUCUUAUAACGGGGUGCUCCAAUGGAGGAAUUGGCUACGCUAUCGCCGAGGAGUUUCAGCGCCGCGGCGCGAACGUGUUCGCCACGUCACGCCGAGUCGACACGAUGAAGGGGCUGAAGGAGAAAGGGGUGAACACGCUUGCGCUCGACGUCACAUCUGAGCCGUCCAUCCAGGUGAUCCGAUGGCUGCCCUCCAUCCACUACUCCUCUUUCCCUCCACUACGGGCAGUAGUGAAGGAGGUGGCAAGCUCAGCAGGGCGGGAGGACGUCCUUGCUGGUGAACAACAGGGGGCAGUAGUGAAGGAGGAGGCAAGCUCAGCAGGGCGGGAGCACGUGCUUGCUGGUGAACAACGCCAAGUUUGGUGGGCUGUUGGGAUUGCCAUACUGUGCCUCCUUCGCCCCCACCCACGUCUCCUCUCCUCUCCACCACUACAGGCAGUAGUGAAGGAUGUGGCAACCUCAGCAGGGCGGGUGGACGUGCUGGUGAACAACGCCAGGGAGGCAGUCAAGGAGAUCAUGCGUGCAGGGCGGGUGGACGUGUUGGUCAACAACUCAACGGGGGGCAGCAGUCAAGCAGAUCACCAGCCAAACGGGGCGGGUGGACGUGUUGGUCAACAACUCAACGGGGGGUGUGGGCUGCUGAGUUUGCCGUACUGUGCCUGCGCCGCCUCCCCUCCCCUCCCAUACAGGCAGCAGUCAAGCAGAUCACCAGCCAAACGGGGCGGGUGGACGUGUUGGUCAACAACUCAACGGGGGGUGUGGGCUGCUGAGUUUGCCGUACUGUGCCUGCGCCGCCUCCCCUCCCCUCCCAUACAGGCAGCAGUCAAGCAGAUCACCAGCCAAACGGGGCGGGUGGACGUGCUGGUCAACAACGCCGGGUGUGGGCUGCCGGGGCCACUGGCAGAACUACCCAUGGCGAGGAUCAAAGAGGUGCGAUGCGGUACCCGUGGGUGGGGUGAGAUGCGGAGGUGA